AUGAAACCGCACUAUCGGAAUUACAGUACCUACCUAGGCUAUCAUGAGCCACUCGGCGGACCGGAUGUCCAGCUGUACAAGCGGAACGUCAACAGUGCCCUGCAAAAUGUUCCACUGACUUCGCAAAUAAUUGGCCUUGAAUCCCGAGUCGAAGCCCGCCGCAAGUCGAUUUUCGGCCUCCACCGCCAUCAUCUGCAGGUCCGAGACACCCUCAACAAAUCCGACCAGGCAGCUCGGCCCAUGUCCCCCUCCAUGCCCGAGCAGGGAAUUUUCAACAACCCCGAAAAGGGUUGCCUGCUCGGCCCAAGCCCCGAAUGA